AUGUCUCGCUCCCGUCAUGGGAGAUCUUCCAAAUUAGUCAGAAAGGAAGAUCUAAGCAAAAAGAAAACCAGCCAACUAAAUAAGGCAUCCAAGAUUAUGACCAAAAAGGUGACGUUGGUGAAAGCUCUGAGUGCUGGGAAAUUAAAACAGCUCAUGCAAGAAAGAAAUAAUGUUAAGAAAAAGUCCAAACCAAAACAACCUGUGCCAGUAAGAAGUCUUCUGACAAGAGCUAGAGCUGCUCGAAGGAGCUUGGAUCAAACCGAUGUCCUUUUCCAGAAUCCAGAGUCCUUAUCCUGCAAUGGCUUUACAAUGUCUCUUCGAAGCACAUCUCUAAUUCAACGCCUGUCCCGACCUCCAGUGGUCAUUACAAGACCUGAGAAAAUCCCAUCCUCUAAGACUUUGCAAAAGGAAGAUAAACGCAAAUAUAGGAUCCUGGCAGAGUCCAAAGAACAUACAGUAGAAAUUGAAAAGGAGACAGAGGAGUCACAAGAAAGCUUAAUCUCUCCUGACAAAGAGGAGUCCAUAGUUGUUACUUCUGAUGCAUCCCCAAGCCAAGAUAAUGGACAAGAAAAUAUGCCUUUUAAUGAAGAUGUCACUCGGUUUCAGUGUGUAGAGGAUCCCAUAAAAACUAUUCCUACUCAUAGCAUUCUACCAACUCAGAUUUCUGAGGCAUCAGAAGAGAACUGUAGGUGUGAAGGCCUGUUCCUUGAAAAGCUACUAAAUGAUUCAAGUGAUACUGUUCAAGCUCUCACCCAAGACCCGAUGCCUAUUUCUUUAUUUAAAAAUGCUGCCCAUGUAGUGACCUCUAAACCAAGUCCCAGCAUGCCUUUAGAAAAUUUGGGCUCAAAAGCAGAAUUUCUUAAACUGGCUGACUCUUACUUGGAGCCAAGGAAGGAGAAACCUGAUUCACAUCGGCCCUCCUGUUAUAAAGGCAAAUCUGAACUGGAUCUCCAAAAUAUAAUGGUGCCUAGCAGGUCUAUUUUUCCUACCUCUUUAGCAAAUUACCUCUCAACAGAAUCAGACCAGCAAGAGGCUAUUCAUGGUUCUCUAGACCAACCUGUGACCCAAAGCACUGCUUCAGACCUGCUAGAGGCCCAUGGUGCUAUGCAAACUUUGACUUUGGACUCAGGUCAGAUUGCUAGUUCAUUGCCAAACCUUGAGAAAUGUCUGGUUGCCUCUACAACAGAUAGAGUUGAUCAAGAGCUGCAAAAACCAGAUAAGUGCUUGCUUUCAGAGUUGCCAUCCAACAAUCAUAAUUUCACACUAGUCCCUGAGAGUGAAGUAAACAAAGAAUCAAAUCCUUUUUCAGAAGACCCCAAGUUGGCACUGAUUGAUGCUGGCCAAUUGGAUGGAGAGAGUCUCCAGAUCAGUGCAACUAAUGUGAUUUCUGUAUCCAUGGCAUUUUCAAGCACCACCUCUUACUCUUGUCCUUUCUCCUACACUACUUUGCUCCCUACUCUAGAAAAGAAGAAACGAAAGCGAUGUGGAGUUUGUGAACCUUGCCAACAGAAGGCGAACUGUGGUGAAUGUAUUAGCUGUAAAAACCGAAAAUACAGCCACCAAGUCUGUAAGAUGAGAAAAUGUGAGGAGCUGAAAAAGAAGCCGAUGGUCAUAGUGCCUGUUGAGGUUAUAAAGGAAAACAAGAGACCCCAGAGGGAAAAGAAGCCCAAAGUUUUAAAGAUACAUUUAGACAACAGACUAGUAAAUGGCCCCAGGUCAGAAUCCAUGGAAAACAGUAAAUGUGGUAAUGGUGAAAAACAAAGGUUGAAGUUAAACCAGAACAUCCUUGGAAAUGUACAGACCAAUGAAGAAGACACCAUGACAGGUAUAGAAGUAGAGAAAUGGUCAGAGAACAAGAAAUCCCACUUGACCAUCCAUGUCAAAGGAGACACUGGUGAUCCUGCAACUGAGACUGAAAACUUGAAAAACUCUGAAGACAAUGAGAAAAAAACCCUUUCGAGUGACCUCAUUGAGCCCCCCAAAUUGUUUGCACAAACUGUUAAAAAUGGCAUUAAAAAUGUAUACUACUCACCAGCUGAAGCUGAUGUGUCAUUGAAAAAAGUCAAGUUUGAAAAAACUCCAGAUUUGAUUGAUCAUGACACAGAAAGCAAUCCCCCUCCCUAUUUGGGGAACACUACUAGCUCUGACAAUAGAGCAGGUGCUUUGGUCCCUGGCAUUUACCAUGCUCACCUCAAGAGGGAAGAUAAUAUUUUAGUGAUACAGAAGACAGACUCGCUCUGUCCCUCUCCUCAAGACCCCACCGACAUCUUUUUGAACAGUAAUAUCAGUGCCCAAGAAAAUCCAUCUCAUGCGAUCACAUUGGGAAAAGAGAUCAAACAAGGAGAAGUCCCUGAAAGCAAACCCAUCAGCGAGCUAAAAUAUGAUGAUUCUCUGGUUGAGCCUUGUCUUCUGUCACUGAUGAGAGACAGGAGGCUCACUCUUGAGCAGGUAGUGGCCAUAGAAGCCCUCACUCAGCUAUCAGAAGCUCCCUCUGAAAAUUCUUCACCAUCUAAACCAGGAAAGGAUGAAGAGACUGCACAACUGACGACAAACUUGCUUCACAGCUGUAAAGCAAUUUUGUGUUCUGUGGGAUCCCCUGCAGGAAAAGACUUCCAAGAUCCAAACUUAAAAAUUGAUUCCCUGGUCCUGCAUCCCUGCCCCCCCUUGGAAAAGCAAGCUCCCAGGAAGCCAGUGCUCUACAAUGGCCAAAAUCAUUCCAAAUUGCACAAUAGUUUAAUGACAAAUCACAGCACAUCUAAGACACAUGCAUCUUCUAGAGUCACCAAGUCAGGAUCCAUCACAGAACCAAAUUCACAUUCCUCCAGGAAUCACACCAACAAAGAAAUUGUUCUUCAGGGGAGAAUUACUGUUGGCAGGUGUGCCAAGAGUGCACAUGGUUUACAAACAAGUAGCAAGUUGGCGUUUUGCAGGCAAUUACAGGAAAGCACUAGCAAAAAGUUUGACUCCAAAAAUCAUUUGUCCUAUAGGGAUACCCCUCACAGUCAGAUAGAAGAAGAUGUAGCUGCCCAGUUGACCCAACUUGCAUCCAUUAUCGAGUCCAAUAAUGCAAAGCGGGAGGAAAAAGAAGGUGCAAAGACAUUUCCCAGGCUUGAUGCACAACAAAAAUACAACCAAGAACAAAGCUCAUUUCAAGAGAAACCGCCUGUCCCCGUACGGAACAAUCGUGGCGCAUUGUUGGCAAAGCAAAAAUCAUCCUCCCACAAAAGAGGGAAAUCUGCCUCGUGGAAACAGAGACUAAAGAAAAAGCCCCAAGCCAAGAGCAGUCAACAGAAUGAGCAGAGUGAACGGGAGCGCCAGGCAUGGCAGUAUAGCAAGUUCCAUGAUCUCUGGGUAGGGUCCAAGCUUCGAAGAUUAGGCUACAUUUCCUCCCGUGAAUUUCAUGCCACAAUGAUAGAGCGAAACCCUUUACUUACCAAAGUUCCGAAGCCACUCACUCAAAGUACUUUCUCAUCACAACAUAAAAAACUCUUCCUUCCCCUCACUCAGAUAAAAUUCCACAAACACUUACCUGAGUCAGCACAGGAGAAAAGGAAGGAAAAACUGUUUGGUUUCGAAGAGAUCACUGAACACACAACAUUGGAGGCUAUCAAUGCUCCACCAGGAGGUGCGGAUCCAGCCGGUUUGCACCAGAGUGGUUGGUCCUCUACAGACCCUCUCUCCCAGUUCAACUUAUACACAAAGUCCCCUCAAAGCAGACCAAGUGGCAGUGUACAGGUGUUUACAGAAAAUGGUAACAAUUCUCAGGGACAGCAAUCAGUGAAUGUCAAUCAGUCUCUUAAUCAAUACAGCCAGAGAGCGGGUGCUACAGCUGGUGAAGACCAAACACCGUUUCAGCAGGAUGCGGAAGAGCAACCGAGGGGUCAGAGAUUGCAAAUGCUGCCUGCUUCCAGUUGUGACACCCUGGUGCCAGGCACUAUAAAAACUCUCAGGAAUGAAAAUGCAGCAUGCCCAGGUGGAGCAACCGUGGUGACAUCUGACGGUUCAGGGCCAGUCACUUCACAUAGUGUCGGUGACUUGGGGAAUUCGCCAGGAAAGAACACACUGAGCUGUUUCCUUGAAUCCCCAAUGACCUUCCUAGACACCCCUACCAAAAAUCUGAUUGAUACACCCACAAAAAAAGGACCGUCUGAACUGCCAAGCUGUAGCUGUGUUGAACAAAUUAUAGAGAAAGAUGAAGGGCCAUACUAUACACACCUUGGAACAGGACCAAGUGUGGCUGCUGUCAGGGAAAUCAUGGAGGCCAGAUAUGGUGAAAAAGGAAGAGCGAUUAGGAUAGAAGUCGUCGUAUAUACAGGCAAAGAAGGAAAAAGCUCUCAGGGGUGUCCGAUUGCCAAGUGGGUAAUAAGAAGAAGCAGCGAUGAAGAAAAACUCCUCUGCCUGGUUCGCCAGCGUGCAGGCCACCACUGCCAGACAGCUGUCAUUGUCAUCCUUAUCUUGGCUUGGGAGGGAAUUCCUCAUCUCCUGGCUGACACAUUAUAUCAAGAGCUGACCCAGAGUCUCAACAAAUAUGGUUGCCCCACCACCCGGCGCUGCGCACUUAAUGAAGAUCGUACCUGUGCAUGCCAAGGAUUGGAUCCAGAGACCUGUGGUGCAUCCUUUUCCUUUGGAUGCUCUUGGAGCAUGUAUUUCAAUGGCUGCAAAUUUGCAAGAAGCAAGAACCCCAGAAGAUUUCGACUAAUUGCAGAUGAUCCCAAAGAAGAAGAAAUCCUUGAAAGUAACUUGCAGACCCUUGCUACAGAUGUUGCUCCUGUGUAUAAGAAACUUGCUCCAGAUGCUUUCCAAAAUCAGGUAGAAAAUGAACACCUUGGCUCAGAUUGCCGUCUUGGACGCAAGGAUGGACGUCCUUUCUCUGGGGUUACUGCCUGCAUAGACUUCUGUGCCCAUGCCCACAAGGACACACAUAACAUGAAUAAUGGAAGUACUGUGGUUUGUACAUUGACAAAAGAAGAUAAUCGGUCAGUGGGGGUGGUUCCCAAAGAUGAGCAGCUCCAUGUGCUGCCACUUUAUAAAAUUUCCCAAACUGAUGAAUUUGGUACAAAAGAAGGAUUAGAGGCCAAGAUUAAAACUGGGGCCAUCCAGGUGCUCACUGCCUUCCCUAGAGAAGUCAGGAUGUUAGCGGAGCCAGUGAGAGCCACUAAGAAAAAGAAGGCAGACGUCAAGAGGGUGCCAGCUGAAAAACCUGGGCAGGUGCCAAAGAAACAUCCACCUCCAGUAAAGUUCAAAAACGGACCUCCUGAAAUGCACACCAAGGCACCCCAACUCUUAGGCAACAGAACUGAGGCAUUGCAACCUGACGUAAAAAGUGAACUUCCAGACUCACAUUUUGACCUCCAUAGUGUGACCAACACUACAAGCUACUCUUGGAUCAAGUCCAUUCAUCACCCAUUGAAAGGGACAAACUUACCUCUAAACUCUUCCCUGACCCCCAUGUCUGGCUUGGCAACAACUUCAUUUCAGAAUGACUCUGAAAUUUCCUACGGUUUUUCAGAUCAGGGUAGCGUUCCACCCUGGACAGUGGUUUCUACAAAAUACAGUGGUGCUAAUGCAGUAACUGAGGAAUGCCCUGGACUUCUACUGAAUGCUGAUCCAGCAUCCUUUCCUGGAGUGGCUUCUACCGUGACAGAUCCCCAAAUUCAUACUGACCUUCCCAUUGUCCCAGUGGAGCAUCUGAUUUCAAACAUGGCAAAAUGCCAACCUCCAUCAUUAUCCCCACCUAUUACUCAGAUCGCUAGUCCUGGUAACUCCACCUCAGUGAAAUCAGACAAUGAGCAGAAGCCAGGGCCAAGUGAAAUUGAUGUUUUGGCUUUACCCCUGGUGCAUCCCAGCAGACAAGAGCCUGAGCAAGCUGCUCAUUUCCCUUCAGCGGCUGAGCAGGUACCAAGCGAUGAGCUGACAGAAUCAGCUGACAGUGAAGAGAAGCCAGAAGAGAUGUGGUCAGACAGUGAACACAACUUCUUGGAUGACAAUAUUGGUGGAGUGGCAGUGGCCCCUUCCCAUGGCUCGGUGCUAAUUGAGUGUGCCCGGCGAGAGCUGCAUGCCACAACACCCAUCCGCAAGCCAAACCGCAACCAUCCCACACGGAUCUCUCUCGUCUUCUAUCAGCACAAGAACCUGAAUGAACCAAGGCAUGGGUGGGCUGUAUGGGAGGCAAAGAUGGCGGAAAGAGCCCGAGAGAAAGAGAGAGAGGCCGAGAGGCUAGCUACUGAGAAUGCCAACAACCAGAAAACAAAACAGCCUACUGAGAGUCCUGAGAUUUUCUGUGAGGAAAAUGAAUUAAACCAAAUUCCUUCCCGGAAAGCAUUAACAGUAACUCAUGACAAUGUCAUUACAGUGUCUUCUUAUGCCCUCACUCAAGUUGCAGGGCCCUACAAUCAUUGGGUCUGAAGGCUUCUAAAACACAGAAUCUUGUUCCAGUGCAAUGUUCUGUUAUUUCAAGGUGCUGUUGAAAAAAAAGAGUCAAGCUGUAGUUUUCUCUUUGUUCAUCUCAACCAUUUUAAGGCUGAGGUAAAAAAGGGUGUGGGGGGGGGAGAGUAAUUUCUUAAAUGUGACUUUAUAUUUUGACCAUUGGUGGAGUGGUGCUCAAGCACAUUUUAAACAACAAAAAAAGAAAUUUUAUAGUUUUUAAUAGAUUGCUUAAGCAAAGUUUUGGUUAGGUUAUUAACCUUGAUAGAAAGAUUCAGUUUAUGACCUUUAGGAAUUUAUACUUUGGUGCUUUAAAUCGAGUCUGUUUACUAUGAAAGAAAAAUCAUUUUUAGAGGAUUUUAACAGAUUCUUUCCUAUUUUAAGAGGUAAAAAAAAGUUUUACAGUAUUAGCUCUCCAUAGCUCUUGGUGCUUAACCACAUUGAAACAGUGAAAGAUAAGCUGUACUAUUACUUCAUGGUGCCAUUGUUCCAACAACUUCCAAUCAUUGCUCUAAAAGUGAAAAUCCAUUUAUACCUUCAAAAAUAACCAAUGAAAUUCCCUCUCUCUGGAAAGAGUUCUCGUAUCAUAUAGAAGGACCCAGGUGUUGUCCUUAGUGAUGGUUGGAGGCUGUUUGUAAACUGUAAAUAUAUAUACAUAUAUAUAUAUAUAUAUUUUAAAAGCACUUUCUAUUUUUAAAAUUAACUUGAAAUAGUAUAGUAUAAGAAUCAUAUUGUCUAUUGUUUGUGCAUAUUCUACAAAAGAAAUCAUUUUAUUCUUGCUGUGUAGAGUUCCAUAUUGCUACAACUGAAAUAUGUAUAUUAAUAAUGUAUGUGGUUUGUGGUGUUUCUUUUUUAUUUGACCUUUUUCUUUUCAUUAAAGAUAUCAGAUACACAUAAAUCAGUAAGCAAUGCAGAAAACUGUUGUCUACAAAAUCAAAUUUAGGAAAUAUAUUACCAUUUGUCUGUAUCAUUAUCGAGACUUAAACUAACAUACUGGGAACUUUUUUAAGGUAAACUCUUAUUUGAGCAGUCUUGCAAUUAAUAAUCUAACCAAAUUCUCAUCCGUCCUCAUCGGUGAAGAAUUUUUCAGAACGAAGGUGGGUGAGGUAAAUUCUCAUCACAUGGACCAUUGAAGUUUGUGGGGUCCAAACCCACCAAAUUCUCCUAGUGCCCAGAAGGAAUGGAGUGGGAAACUAAAUAAACAACUCCCAGACUUGCCUUGUUUAUUCUGAAAAAAUCUUACUGAUAUGAGAGAAAAAGUUGAUUUAAAUUUUUUUCAAAAUUGCUUUUUUUCCCCAAUUGUCUAUGUAAAAUGUAUCCAAGUCCCACAGAAAUGUUCAGUAGUCAGGAAAAAUGCUAAUUCAGUUCAAAUAGGUCUUUUUUUUUCCUUCAUGAGCAACUUCUGUGAACAUUUUAAAACAUGGAUUUACUUUUGAAUCAUUUGCUCCCAAUUUUUCAAAACUUAUGUUUCACCAAAUAAAUAGAAUUACUUUUGUUCUAAAAAAAACUAGGAAAAGUAGACACUCCAUUUACUAAAUACUAUAGAAUCCCAUCUUCCUUUCCUUUUCCUUUUUACAUUUAUUUAUUGAAUGAAGUUAUAGCCAAACAGUAAGGUAAUCUGAACUAAACCUUUUGUCUAUGAAGAAUUCUACUAAUGCUGUAUUUGACUGUGUUAUAAUGUAGAGGUGCUAUAACAAAAUAAAUCUGAAAUGUCUAGGUUACUUGCUAGUAUCUAAACCUAAAGGUGCUUUUUCCUUGGAAAUGCCAUAGGAAUCUACCACAACCAUUAAUACUGACAGUUUGGGUGCAGAAAAUACACUUUUUAAUUUUUUAAUUUUAUUUAAUUUUAUUUUGCGGGGCAAUGAGGGUUAAGUGACUUGCCCAGGGUCACACAGCUAGCAAGUAUCAAGUGUC